UAGUGAUAGAAGGAAGACAUUAAGAGCAUGGUCCAGGAAGCUGAGAAAUACAAAGCUGAAGAUGAGAAGCAGCGGGACAAGGUGUCUUCCAAGAAUUCACUUGAAUCUUAUGCAUUCAACAUGAAAGCAACAGUUGAGGAUGAAGAACUUCAAGGGAAGAUCAAUGAUGAGGACAAGCAGAAAAUUCUUGACAAGUGUAAUGAAAUUAUCAACUGGCUUGAUAAAAACCAGACUGCAGAGAAGGAAGAAUUUGAACAUCAACAGAAAGAGUUGGAAAAAGUCUGCAACCCCAUCAUUACCAAGCUGUACCAGAGUACAGGGGGCAUGCCAGGAGGAAUGCCUGGGGACUUCCCUGGGGGUGGAGCUCCUCCAUCUGGAGGUGCCUCCUCUGGGCCUACCAUUGAAGAGGGUGAUUAAGCCAACCUGAAUAGAAUUUAGCAUUGUUCCACACAAAACAUUGAAGGACCCAAAUCUGUAGCAGUUUUAAAUGGCCGUUUUUAAGUUGAGCUGCUGAAGUUAACUGGGCAUUCUUGAUACUUGAAUAUAUGCACAGGGAAAGGAAAUAACAUUGCACUUUAUAAGCACUGUAUAUUAUAAGUGGAAAAUGCAAUGUCUUAAAUAAAAUUAUUUAAAAUUGGCACCAAAAAAAAAAAAAACUGUGCAAAAGACCAGCCUGGCUGGUGGUUUAACAGGUGUCACUCUGCAAACCCAAAUGGCGUUUACUACACUGACCCCUACACAGCUAAUACCGACGAUGGGGUUGUCUGGUACACCUGGCAUGGAUGGUGGUAUUCUUUGAAAUCUGUGGUUAUGAAAAUCAGGCCAAAUCAUUUUAUUCCAAAUGUUGUUUAACUGUCCCUGUUGGGCUUUCCUUACUGUAAUUCAUCUUGGUUUAAAGUGACUUGAAAAAUAGCAAGUCUGAAAAUAUAGAUAUAUGAUGAUGGCAAAAAAAAAGAGAAUUAAAAUGGUUAUGUAGUUACACAGGAAAAUGACCAAAUUCUCGGGAGGUACCUGUUGAAAUAUUUAUAAGUGAAGUGUCAUGAAGUAUGUUAUGUAUUUCUAAAUGGCAUAGCAAAAUACAAAAAUACUCUUAGGGUAGACAGGGGCUCUUAAAUGGAUUUUUAUCCACUUUCUCUGAAAACAGGGAUGUGAAUAGUAUGCAAACCACAUUCUUGGGGAAAAGAGGGACUACGGCAACUUCAGCUACUUCAUAAUUUUGCAAAUAGACCCAGACUCUACUUUUCUGUUGUUUUUCUUUUCUAUUAUUGCCUCCUUUUAAGAAAUCUGGGGCUUUACAAUAGCAAAUAUUUAUUUCCAACCUCUAUUUUCACUUCUGCAUUCUCAACUGCUGUAUAAUAUACCUAUCUGAAUUCUUAAUCGCCUGAAACUCAACAUGGCAUUUUGACAUUGUAUCCAAGUGAGUCCAAGACAGUCCCAACUUACACCUGCUGUAUUGGUGUAAUUGCUUUUGAAUGAAUUAAGAUUCAUUCUUAUAGAAUCUUAAUUUGGGUGCUAAAUAAUAUGGUUAUACUAACAUGAAAUUCAUCUCUCUUGCUCUUUUCAUUCCUGACUGAAUCUCACUCUUACAUAGAUGAACGAUUAGUGAGAUUACUCAUUUGAUUAAUAGUUAAUGAUAUUACUCAUUUAAAUUCCAAUUUAGGAGUUCUUUCUUCUGCUUUGUACCUUUCUUUAUUUCAAUUAACUUGCAGAUUAUCUCCGUAGUAUAUCUUAGAUUAGUUCUUUUGUUUCUUUACCACUGCCAUCACUCUAAAUCAGAAUUUUUAUCAAAAAUUAUCUAGAUUACAAUUAUCAUCGUCUUGGUUUUAAUUUCCCUUCCAAUUAAUUUGGCAUCCUGCUUCGAGACAUGCAAAAAUAUAAUUUUACUGAGAUAUGGUAUCUAUUCAGUAACAUGUAAAUAUUAAAAUUUAGCAGUUGUACCAAAUUUUGUUCCAUUUCUCCCAUGAAAUAGAAUUGAAUGGAAAAUAACAUAAUGAGCUCUCACAAAAAAAAGGAAAAGGGGAAAAAAAGGUAAAUACAUGAGGUGAUGGAUAUGUUACUUAACUCUCUGAUGGGAAUCCUUUUACAAUGUAUAUGUGUAUCUAAUCAUCACAUUGUCCACUUUAAAUAUAAUUACAAUUUUGUUAAUUAUACUUCAGUAAAGCUGUAUAAACCCUUAAUGAAUCAUAGCAGAAGUGUGUUAAGAAACUUUUGUUUCAGGCACACACAUACACAUGCUCAUAUAGAUGUAAAUAAAUAAAACUGGGCAUGAUAUAAUGAACUAUUAUUUGCUAAGGACUGGGAUAAAAUAAGGAACUUUGAAAAAUAUGGAGUGAGGCUCACAUCUGAACACCCAAUUUAGCAAUGAAAGUAAUAAACUUAUCUGCCUCACCCCUAAGUAAACACACACAUAUCCUUUGGACUAGCAAAUCUAAGGAAACUAAAUACAACACAUUAAUGCUUGACUCUAAAGAAUUUUCUGUUUCCUGAAAUACUUUUUCUGAUAUUCCGUGAAAUCAAAAUGCAACCCCCACCCCUAACCCAUCCCUUUACGGAUUGUUCCAGGAUGGAUUUCCCCCAUAAAGCCUUAUAUUAUAAUCAUAUGGUCUGGAAUCACCUCAAAUUUCUAUGAUAACAGGAGUUAUCAGAAUAAUCAAUAUUCUGGCACUAAGUCAUAUAUUGCUUCAAGUUCAUUUUCUG